AUGUUCAAGACUAUUAAGUGUCAUCAAAACGUUGGUCACAUGGAGUGUGCGGUGCUCCAAGAAUGCAACAACCCGCAUCGGAAUGGUUCGACGAACUCGUCAACAAUUUUGCCGACACAAUCCACGAGCCAGAAGUCAAGUUCAUCGACGAGUCAGCGGUCAAUUACCUUCUACAGUCCUGGGUCGGAGCAGGCCCUCAAUGCCGUAUGUAAUGAGCAUGAUCGCCCCAAGGCAAGGAUGAAGAUACACGAAAAUGUCCAGGCCCAGGCAAGUUCAUUUCAUGUGAUCAAAGCGACAAGCAGUGGAAAGGUCAGGAUAUCUGGACCCAUGGCGGAGCGCAAACCGUGUUUGACAUGCUCACCGUCCAAGGAUGAUGCCGAGAGCUCGCACCUGGCAGGCUAUUAG